GUCACAGAGAAUCGAAACGUAGUUGAGAUCACAGCCACUCGUGAGAUUACUUCCCCCAAUUUCACGUUUGACUCCACCGAGUCGGAGCCCAUCGUCAUCUCUCUCGAUUACAGGAAUCCUUCUGAUAUAAAAAAAAAUUUCGAAACUCUCUUCGAAGUUGAAGCCGGUCGGGAACAUAAGGAGAGAGAGGGUGAAAUGGGAGCCCAAAGGCUAUCUGGAAUGCAGAGACAAGUACUUGGUCUAUACAGAGGCUUCUUGCGGGCCGCUCGUUCCAAAUCUGCCCGAGAUCGCCGCAAGAUUGAGUCACUUGUGUCGAGUGAGUUCCGCAGCAAUGCCAAGAAUGUAGACCGCAAGAAUUUCCUUUACAUUGAGUACUUGCUUCGCCGCGGACAGAAGCAGCUUGAUCAGCUCAAGAGCCCCGAUACGAUUGGAUUAUCGGCCCUGAAUGUGAGUUAUUCUGAAACAAAACAUCCUACGCAUUGAACUAUAAGUUUGAUAUUCGAUUCGUCUUUAUGAAAGAGUCAUGUAGGAAAAGAAAUACUUGAUCUGAGCCACUAUUGAGAAGUUCUAAACUGUGCAAUAUUGAUGACCAUGGUCUUCUGAGGCAAUGUGUAUUGGUUACGUUUGUUAUCAUAAUAAUAUCUUAGAGUAGCUUUAUUCAUACUCCGGUGCCUGUUUCUUU